AUGUCGCCGCCAACCUCCUUCAGCCAGGAGCUUGUCACUCCGACCACCGACAGCGCCAGCCCCUCGGUGUGGGGUCCGUUCGGCGAUCCGGCCGAUCGGCUUUCCCUGUCCGUGGUGUCCUCCGGCGAUGGGAGCCCCGGCGGGGAGGGCGACGACGAUGAUGAGGAGGACGACGAUCUUGAGAGGGCCCGUUCCAUUGGCCAGGUGUGCACCGAAGCCCAGGCCGUUCGUGGACCACCGCGGCCGGCUUUCCUGCCGGCCGCCAACCCCCUGUCGCCCUUCCUGUCGGCAGCCACCUCGCCGGUGGGGGCGCCCACCGGGGCCGGCAUCGCCCCCGAGGCCGACUGGCUCGGCCACCAUCCACCCCAGCACCAGCACCAUCCUCAACAGCAGCAGCAGCAGCAGCAGCAGCAGCAGCACCGCCACCAUCAUGCUCUGCCGCCGAUUGGCGUUGGGCGUCCCUUCAACCCACCGGGGCCCGGUGCCGCCGAACUGCCGGAGCCGGAUCGCAUCAAUGUUUCCCUGUCCCCGCACUUUGGUGGAGGUCCGCCUUCCCUUGCCACUUACCCGGACCCGGAGCCCGUCCCUUGUCCUUCUCUCCGCCACAUCCCCUCCGGUCAACUGACAUCUUUGCCGGGAUUCCCCCCCACAGGCAUGCGGCAAUUCCUGGCCACCCCCUUCCCGGCGGCAGGGGACGCCAUGGGCGUUGGCAAUGCCGGCACCAAGACCACCUCUUCUUCCAUGGGCGGGGGGGUCGGCAACAUCGGCAGUGCCGCUGGCACUGGCAGCGGCACCGGGAGCGCCAGCACCGCGUCCCCCUCGGGAUCGCCCUACCUGCCGAAUGCCUUCCAGGAUAUCCCGGCCGACGCGCCGAUUCACGCCUUCCCCGCGCCGUUCCGAGGCGGCCAGGCCGGGCCGGUCCCGCCGUCCGGCUUUGCGCACCCCUCCAGCAUCGGGUCGGUUUCGCCGUCGGCCCUGUUUGCGGCCAAUCCGGCCGCCAGCCCGCCGGCCAUGCUCUUCCACCCCAACCGCCACUCGCACCCGGGGUCGGUGCUGGACACGCCGCUGGUAGCAGCAGCCGCAGCGGCGGCCGCGGCCGCGGCAGCAGCCGCAGCCGGCACCACCUCUCCGACGCAUUCCUUCUCCGCCAGCACGGUGUCCAAUCUCUCGUGCUUGCCCUUGUCGUCACUGCCAUCGGCUGCUUCUGGAGGGGCACCUGGGCACCCCAUCGGCCAGACGUCCCGCAUGUCGGUCGGCAGCAUUCCGGCGACGGCCUCCGCCUCGCCCCAUUUCCUUCUGUCGCUCAUUGGCGACCAGUCGGUCCCGGGCCCGGCGCCUCUCGGCAAGAGCCUCUCCACCGAGGACCCGCUGCACUUCGGGGUGCCGCCGGGUGCCGUGGGAUCUCCGUCUGGCGGGGGCGGGCCUUCUGCCGGGCCGACCCCCUCGCCCAUCAGCCUCCUCGGGGCCUUCCCCCUUGGGCACCAUCCCUUGCGGCUGUCUUCCAGCGAGGUGUCCCUGUCGACGGCCUCCCUCGAGGACCGGUCCCAGCAGGGGCCCGGGGCCACCCUCGGCGAGGGGCUCGAAGCAGCGACAGCCCCCAUGGCCGUGCCGUCUUCAUCGGCGCAGGAGGCCGAGGCUCAGGUGCCGGGGCCGGCGGCGGCGGCGGCGGCGGCGGCCGCUGCAGCCGCGGCGGCCGCCGCAGCGGCCGGCUUCCCCCCCGGCGCCCUGUCCGAAUCGUCCAUGCUCAAGAUUGAGGAUCUCUUCCACAAUUUGAAUGAGCGAGACCAGUCGGUGCUCUUGGGUCGACUGAUGCGGCUGAUCAGCACCACGCCGGCCACCACGGCCCCCCAGCAGCCGGGGCAUCUGUUUGGUUUGCCGAUUGGCGGGGCGGGGGGGUCUCCCUUGGGCGGCAUCCCGGCCGGGGCCCCCUCGGUGUCCCUCUCGGCGGCGGUGUCCCCCUUGACGGGGUUCCCCCCGGUGACGCACUCCGUGUCGCCGGGUGCCUCGCCGCUGCUGACCCCGAGCGCGUUGUUGAUGCUCCCGCCCGGGGCACCGGGCCCCGCCGGGGGCCCUGGUCCUGCUCAAGGCGGCGGCCUUGGCGCGGGGGUCGCGUCGGCUCCCUCGCCGAUUCCAGCCAUCGGCGGCGCCAGCAGCGGGGCCGGGGCCGGCGUUGGAGGCGGCAACCCCGGGGCCCCGGGCCCCGGUGGCGGCCCUGCCACCACCACCUCCUUCCACCGGCCGGCCUCCGGGGCCUCUGCCAUGCCAGGGGCCUUCCUGAGCUCCUUCACCGAUCAUGCCCUGUUCCCCCCAGCUGGCCUGGGGUAUGAGCCCUCGGCCGCGCACCACACGCACCCGACGGCCUCGUCUGCCUGGGCCACUCCCGGUCCGGGGCGCAGCGUGGGCGAGGCCAUCGUCGAUGCGGCCAUCUCCGUCAGCAGUGACGAGCUGUCCCAGCGUGGGCGCCUCCGUCCCAAGAGCCAGCCUUCUUCCUCCUCCUUCGACCAUUUCUCUCCCUACCUGCCGAUCGAUCCCCCGGGAGCCGGCAGCAAGGCCCACAGCUCCCUGUCGGCAUCGAGCCUGCCCAGCCGGUCCUCCUAUCCCGGGCCCAUGUACUCGAAUAACGCGUCUCCCCUGCUGGCGUCCUUCGAUGUGGGCACACCGCCUUCCGUGUCGAUCGCCGACUCCCUUUCUUCUUCAAACCCCCUGGCUGCCCAGUUCCCGUCGCUCGACCAUCUGAGCUCCGCCGCUGGCAGCGGCAGCGGCAGCAGCACCGGCCGUCCCGAGGCGAUCUACUCCUCGGACGCCCUCAAUCAUCUGCCCGAUGGCGGUGUUCCUGGAGUUGGCGGUGGCGCCAGCGGCGAUGGCGGGUCCGUGUCCCUGUCGGGUGCCACCACGCCAGCGACCGCCGCCGUGCAGCUGAAUGCGGCGCUCUACUCCCGCGACCGAGCCCGGUCCUGUCCAACUUCCCUGGCGGUGAUCGAGCCUGCGCUGGAUGCCGGCUCAUCCGGUGCGCUGGAUUCGCUGCCGGAUUCCCAGGCCCCCCUCGCAAAGGGACGCCUCUCCUUCCCUCUGCCGUCCGGAUCGCGCGCCACGUCCCCCUCCUCGGCGGGCCCCUCGCCGACCAGCUCCCUCGCCCCGGCUUUCCAGCUGACUGGUGGCAGCGGCAGCGGUGGCAUCCACCAUCCUCGCAUUCCUGGCGCCCUCACCAGCGGUGCCACCUCCCCCUGGGGAGGUAGCAUCUUCAUGGGUCGCAGCAGCCAUGCGGCUCCGGGCACGGCCUCGAUGCCGCCGGGCGCAAGCUCCAGCCCGGCCGGAGCCGGGGCCCCGGCCGCGCCCUCGGCCUCGGUCUACUCCACUGGCCGGUACUUCCGGCCAUCCGGUGGGAGUGAGGUGGCAGCCGGGUCGGCCACCUCCUACGCCCGUCGGGCCGCGAUCGCCGGCAAGCCAGCGACCGACCCCCUGUCCAUUGUCGCUGGCGGCGACGGUGCCGGGCCGGCCGACGCCGGAUCACCUGCGGCUGGGCCUCCCCCCUCCUCAGCGCGGGCAUUCUCCCCCUCGCAUCAUCGCCAGGCCCUGGAGGUAGCAGUGGUGAUGGGAGGCGAAUCGGUUAGUGCCGCUGCUGGCAGCAGCACCGCCGAUCCCAGCAUCCCCCUGGCGGUCGCCACGUCCCCGGCGGACGUCGGCCCUCUGGCCACCGGGGUGACACCUCUCAGCCCACUCGCAUCCUCCACCGCUCCGGGCUUGCCUUCCUCGACAUCGGCCACCACGACGCUGGCUUCCGGCGGCCUCAACCAGCUUGUUGUCCCCGAUCGCACUCGUCCGGCAGACGAGCAAUCGGCCGGUGCGGAGACAUCCUUCCUACCGCGCGCCCCCCGUGUCCACACCCGCCCUCCUCUUUUUUAUGCCUUUUUUUCCCCCCUCUCGGCGCGCGUGUCUGUGCGUCUGUGCGUGCUGCCAUCGCAUACCGGUGUUCCUGACCUCCUGUGCCCCAUGUGCCUCCCAUCCCCUGUGGUUUACUUGCCCUCUUUCUUCGCCCCGCCUCGGCCUCCAGAAAUCGCCUCUUGGCUGCGCUCUCAGCGCCUUCACAAAUACUCCUCGCUCUUUGCGCAGUCCUGCUGGGAUGAGAUGUUCCAGCUGGACGACGCUGGUCUCGAAGCGCUGGGCAUUGUGGCCAUCGGUGCUCGGCGCAAGCUGCUCAAGGGCCUUCGCCAGCUGAUGGUAUCCGCCGCGCUCCUCCCCCCCGAGGCGGAGUCCGAUGAUGCGGCCUGACGUCCCCCGCCCUCCCUGUCGGAGGAUUGCAAGCCCAAGCUCUGUCCCCUCCAUCCUCCUUCCCCCCUUUGUCAUUUUCUCUCUCUCUCCCUCUCCCCCUC